AACGAGGAAGAACCACCUGGGCAUUGCCGAGAGAGACGAUCCUUGCGAGAGUGGGUCGUUUCUUCACUCUUCCAUACAMAAAAGCGGGCGGAGCGAAUCGGCCUUGUUCGUCGUCGAUUCCGGACCGCGCAGCUGCCUGCCGAAUUGUUCGCGGGAAGACCAAAAAAGACCCAGCCGCGAUGGCAAGCGAGCAGCCCUUCCGCGGCGACCCCGAGAGCGGAAGCGAAUGCGAAUGCGACUGCCACAGCUCCGACGACGUCUCCGUGGUUCGGCCCCUGGGGUUUCCGCAGCCCCCCUCGAACGCCCCUGGAUUGGCCGUAGACCAGCCGGACAACGAUGAUGUCACCGUUGGCAGCACUAUUAGCAGCCACAGCAAAGCGGYCGGCGGAGGCUUUGCACAGAACAACAGGCAAAUCACCAGGAGGGUCAGCAACGACGGCCAGAUCACAACCACAAAAAUUGGGAGUAGGGACUGGAGCAGCACGGAGGAGAGGCACAAGACGAAUUCCCAAACAACAACGAGAGACCGUCAAUCUAGGRGCCAGAGGAAAUUCUGCAGAACACGAAGCGUUCACGGAUACCAGACCCAGMCGUCCUUCGACGAUGGCAACAGCGCCGAGUACRGUAGCAGGAACAGUGGCAGCAGGAGCAGCCACAGCAGCAGCAUGAAAUCUAGUGAAGGAAGGCGAAACAGYUUKGGCAGAAGCAGAAGCCUGAGGAGCGACGGAAGCCUUCGCGUCCACACCGGGCCAAACUACAACCACACCGAGCCAAACUACGACCAMACCGACAGCGACAUCGACAGCGCGAAAUCGCAAUCCGAGAACGACUCGGGGGCACUGCAGCUCCGCGAGAGUGCACACAACCGAAAACUGAUAUUCGCCGGGGAGGACGGGGUGCACAACCGAAAGGUGAUCUUCGUCGGAGAGGAGGAGGAUGGAUUUGGCGGAAGCGUUCGCAAGCCGUGCAACCCGGUUGCCGAAGCCUCGGAGUAUUUUCCGUACACGUCGGCAAAGCUGGCCGCCUCGAGCGGUUCGGCCUCCAGCCACAAAAGCCGCAACUACACGCCGCCAACAUCGGCCGAGUAUUAUUCCAGCAGCUUCUCGAACGACGCAGGGAGCCGUGCCACCAGAUCGGAGGUGGCCGGCAACCAUUAUCCGUACGACGACGAGGGAACCUUUGGUUCCGGAACCGCGUCCRCRAAGGCAGGCGUUUCGAUCGUGGCCGAGGUCGUCGACGAGGCCAAGCUGGAAGCCGAAAUAGCCGCGCGGUUGUGGUCUCGGAUUGUCCAGGCCACGGAAAUCCGGCCAUCGGAAACGAUCAGCGAGUCGGUAGUGGAGUCGAGCKGUGGAAGGAAGCGCAAGCGGKUCCGGAACCGCUGCUGUCACCGCUGCAAGCCGGGAGAAUUCCUCAYGAAACGGGUGCGAAUUAUACUGUGUGUAGUGAUAUGGAGCGUAGCCUUGGUGGUCGCCUCGAUCGUUGUGCUGGUCUUGGUUUUGCCAAAAGAAUCGAACGGCGAGGCGUCUGAGGUAGCUAUACCUAUCAAUACUACUCAUGUUCAAAAUAGCACGAAACAUUGGUGGGAAACCCUUCCCGAAAUCAACACUAAUAUUUACGGGAUUGGGAAUAACGGUAUGAACCCCGUUGAGGGCGACAGACUCGACGCGAAUGAAAGCCUGACAAAGGAAAGCUACCUUCGAGAAAUGGCCAAACAAAUGUCUGGAUCGCCGAUCCCRAUUGCYGAGGCCACGCCACAAGGCCUCGCACUGGAAUGGAUGCUGAAGGAUCCAUAUACCAUUUCUGGCAUCGUGGACCAAGAAGGGAAUCCCGAAGCAAAACUGGCGGAACGCUAUGCACUGGCUACCCUGUACUAUUCCACGUCCGGUGAUGGUUGGUUCGACGGGAUGGGGUUUCUAAACGCUUCCUCCGUCUGUGACUGGCACGGCUACAGCAGCGACUACAAAGAACCGCUGCACACCCAGCCACCCAACGGGGUCGUUUGCAACCACCGCAGUGAUGUAGUUGGCUUGCGCCUGGACCACAACAACCUGAUGGGUACGAUCCCUAUCGAACUUGAGUUCUUAUCGCAGAUCAAAACCCUACAAAUGAGCUCCAACAAAGGUCUCGUGGGGACAAUUCCAACCGAGAUCGGGAGACUAGUGCACACGACCGCCCUGACAUUUUCAUCGUGCAACCUGAUAGGCACGUUUCCCGAUGCCCUCCGGGGUCUUKCGGACCUGACACUCUUUUCUGUCUAUCAGAAUCAAUUGACCGGAACCCUUCCCAAGAAAUUUCUAGAAGCUGUCACUGGCCUACAGUAUGGUGAUUUUGGAUCGAAUCAAUUUAAGGGAGCUAUUCCGAAUACCUUUGAGCGUCUUUCCGCUUUGCAGACGCUAUAUCUGAACGACAAUUAUUUCAGUGGAACAAUCCCAUCUUCUUUGUACUUYUCGCCCAGUCUACAGAUUUUGGAUUUUUCAAUCAAUGAUUUAGAGGGAACGAUUGCCCCCCAGAUCUCGGCCAUGGAAAACCUCCGACAUUUCGCUCUGGACCAAAACCAAUUUUCGGAGACCUUGCCUUCCCAGCUUGCCCAGCUGACAGACCUGGAAUAUUUCUCUGCAAGCUACAAUGAUUUUUCGGGAACAUUUCCAAUGGAUGCUUCCAAGCUGCAAAGGCUGACGCACCUCGAUCUAUCGUUCAACAAUUUUACCAGCGGUGGUAAUGGUCCUGACGUUAUCAACGAACUUUCCUCUCUAGUAUUUCUAAAUCUGGAAUCUAACCCGCUAUACGACGGACUUUUUUCGGUUGGAGCGAGCGAUUUCAAGCUCUCCUCCUUGGUAGAAGCUCGGCUGAAAAAUACAAGAGCAGCCGGAUUGAACCAAACCUUUUGUGGAAGCGAUGGCAUUMUUCCCGGGCUCAUGCUCGGAAGCGGAGUUCGAAUCCAGGCCGAUUGCUUGGAGGAGGGGGGGUCUAUCGAGUGUGGUUGUUGCACUUCUUGCUGCGAGUCGGGGGGAACAGACUGCAUCGCAAACACAGAUGCUAUUUGUAAUCUGCACAGGGCCGAGUUCCAGGGAAUGUGGGAUGACAUCCUACAACAGAGACGCGAGAAUUUUUCGAUGGAGUGCCAUUGCAGGAGCGAUAGCAAAAACCCUAAAGGAUUGCACAAUAUAAUGUGUAACGAUCGUUAUCAAAACAUUGACCAAAAUGCCACAGCUAAAAUUGACACGAAGAACUACGUUUGCUUGAAAGACAGUUCCUUUGACCAUAUAGCGCACAAUGCUAGCCACAAUGCUAGCCACAAUGCUUUGGUCUGUGCCGCCAAUACCAACUACGGAUUUACCUUUGAUGGCAUUUUAGGAGAAGAGCUUUCCUUUCAGAAUACUAUCGUGUAUGGAGAAAAUAGUGCCAGAUGGAACGGGACGAGCGUUCUCUUUCGGUCGUAUAAAGAGGAGGAGGGCCCCUAUUGCGAUGUAUGGAUCGAUGGUCAGCAAUGCGAGGAGUGCAUCCCCCGCCAUUGCGGAGAGAGACAUGAUGGCAAAGAGGACAUUGGUUUUGCAAUAUCCUGCCAAAACCUAGACAAUGGAUACACUUUCGACAGCUGCUCGGACGAUCUUCUAUCGUUUGCAGGACGACAAGCCAAAAAUGGCUACCUAGAAAUCUUUCAUGCCGCAUUGAAUGCAUCGAUUGCGGAGUGCCAUGAUCAACCGAGUUGCACCACGGGAAAGCUGCCAAUAUUCUUGAAAUUCCUACAAAAAGGGAAAGAACGCGGUUUCAUGCCGAACAGUAAGAGUGGGACAAAAAAUAGUGGUCUAACCUGAAGGUUCGAUUGCUUCUCAUUAUAAAUAGAUUAUUAAAUUGUAA